UUUCAGUUUUAAAUGGUUCCCAAUGGAAGCUGUGAUACUUAACCUGUGGCAUUCGGCAUGAUCACCGCUCCCCUGCAUAGUGAAUAAAAUCGGUCACUAUGGUGACCAUCAAAUCGUAAAAGACAGGUCCUCAUUUUCAGCAAUGUAACGAUACAUAAAUAUAAAUACACAAAAAAAUGCAAAAUAUUUAGAGAAAAGUUUUAUAUUUUCAUGCAAGACUCUUAAAGUCAGGUCAAAUUAACUUCUGAAAAAACUGAACAGAACAGAGUAACGGCCAAACAGACACCGGGAAAGAACACCACACACCCUUCAGACAAUGCCAUCAAUUACGUUUCUUCGAAAUUUCGUCUUUUUCCUUUUUCCUUGCUUUUUUGCGCUGCUGUUGCUGUGCCUUUUGCCGCAGAUCUCCGGACAGAAAUCAACAGGUCCACGGUGGCUGAUUGGAGACCGGGAGUCCCACUGUGGCGUCUGCACACGGACGCAGGGCAGGCCGGUAUGUGGUUCAGAUGGCCGCAGUUAUGAAACCAGCUGCGAUCUACAGAAAGCAAAGUGCAAGGACCGGUCUUUAGCUAUAGCCCACCGUGGUCGGUGCAAAGGUAAAAACUGGGCAAGAACUGACCAGCCCCUUCCCGGCUUUGGACCAACAUCCUCUUCAGAGAGCAAGGACACUGAAAUCAGAGAUAUUGGCCAGUUAAGGUGCAAAGCAGAGAGGAAUCAAGCACUGGAUCACCCUAAGGAAUUCAUCCCAGAAUGCAAUGAAGAUGGAUCUUUUGCCCAGGUGCAGUGUCACACUUUGACAGGGUACUGCUGGUGCGUCACCCCGGAUGGCAAACCAGUGAGUGGUUCAUCGGUACAUAACAGGACCCCAGUAUGUUCAGGUUCAGCAACGGAUAAGACACCAGGGCCACCUAGUUCCGGAAGGAAAGAUGAUGGGUCCAAGCCAACGCCCACAAUGGAGACACACGUCGUAUCUGAUGGCGACGAGAUCACCGCCCCAACUUUAUGGAUCAAACAGCUAGACUACAAAGAAAACAAGCAGAACAGCUCCAGUUUCAGGAGAUCAGAGAAAGUUCCUUCUUGUGACCAGGAGAGACAGAGUGCACUGGAUGAAGAUCAUCAGAACUCAAGACAGGCCAUUUUCAUUCCAGACUGCGGGCCCGGAGGCCUGUACAAACCAGUCCAGUGUCACCAGUCCACAGGUUACUGCUGGUGUGUUAUGGUGGAUACUGGGCGGCCAAUCCCUGGGACUUCCACCAGAUACCAGAUGCCUGAUUGUGACAGUGGUGCUCGGUCGCGGGCCUCUGAAACGGACGAUCCAUUCCGGGACAGAGAUUUGCAAGGUUGCCCAGAGGCAAAGAAAGUAGAAUUCAUUACCACUUUGUUGGAUGCACUUACCACAGACAUGGUACAGGCUGUAAACUCACCCACCCCCUCUGGUGGUGGGAGGUUUGCGGAACCGGACCCCACCCACACGCUGGAGGAACGUGUGGUUCACUGGUACUUUGCCCAGCUGGAUAACAACGCAAGCAGUGACAUCAAUAAAAAAGAGCUUAAGCCCUUCAGGCGUUACGUGAAGAAGAAAGCCAAACCCAAGAAGUGUGCCCGCAAGUUCAUUGACUACUGUGACCUGAAUAAUGAUAAGGCCAUUUCUCUCCUGGAGCUGAAGGGCUGCUUGGGAGUGAGUAAGGAUGGAGCAGGUAGUUCAGUGAGCAGCAUCGGCCAAGGAACAAGUACGGCGUCUGGUGUGAAGAGACACGGUUCCUGGAGAUGAGGGAAGAACAGAGGGCACAGAGGGAAACAGUUUGUGUACUCAGUGCAGGAGACGGAGCACAGAAUUAGUCAACUUUAAGUUAUUAAAGUGUCACCAAAAUAUUUGCACUUUGUCCUCCCAUUGUUAGGCAUUUAGACGUUUUUUUUUGUUCUGUUUCUGACUUGUUUUUCAAUUUAAUUGUUUAACUGAAAUUAUAUGAAUGAUAUUUGUGCAAAGGAGGUAAUCACAGAAAAUUCUGUUCCUUAGCUAGUGGGGAUUCCUCCAUGUAAAAAUUGUCUAUCUCUAGCCCUUACUUAUUAACCUGUUUUACUCCCUAAGGUUUGAAGAAUUUUAUUCAUGCUUAUGGGAUCAAAACAAGUAUCUGCAAGCUUUAUCAUAGCUAAUUUAGUAAAAACCUCAAGAACAUCCAUAUUCAAAUCUGGAAUCUGAUCCUGUUUUCAAGCCUAUCCUUUCUCACACCAUUAAUCCGAUGAAAAUAAAGUAGCUUAAUAAAUAGUAAUUCAAUUAUAUACAAUUUAAACUUUUGCUGCAGCAGUGGUUAAUUGUCGUUCACUAAAGUCGAUUUCAGAAGUACUAGUAUGUCACAGAAUGUGAUGCAAUGGGGUAUGUAUUAAGAUUGUAUAUAAAAAGCAAAUAGCAGUAAAAGAAAGGUAGGGCAAAAUAUCAAUAGAAAUGUUAAGGAUUUUGCCAGCUGACGAAGCAAUAGCAGAGUCACUGAUCCAAAGAGGGAACAUUCAGUUCUCCUCAGCAGCAUUUGCUAAUAGCUUCAUCUUGUUCUUAUGGUUACAACAUUGACAUUAUGACAUCAUAAUCAUGUUUUUAGCCUGUUAUUUCUUCUGGAUGUUGACAACAACAGUGUCAACAAGAUUUUGAAACGUGAAAAAAAGUUAUUGCAGCCCAUGUGGUCAUUUUUUUUUAAUUUGAAGUGACUCAUUUACUUGUUUGCUGUGUGUUACUGACAUUGUACCAAGAAGCCACUGCCCUACUUCAUGGAAGUAAAUUAAAUUACUCACUCUGUAAAUAUGUAUUAUAUGCUUUUUAUGUGGACUUUAUUUGUUUUUGGUUUUUUUUCCCUUAAUCUUGGGUUUCACUUAUACUCCAAAAGCAGCCAUAUUGGUAAAUUGACAGAUUUUUUGUCCAAAAAUAAUGUAAAGGUACUGUAGUAUUGAAAUAAUUUGCCGCAAUUUGUUAAUGCAUAUUUGAACAAAGGUUUUUCAGAUAGCGUUCUGAAACAAUUGGUUGCAGAAGUUCUGUUUAUUCGAUUUUCUGGUAUUUUGCCAGUAUUCCAGUGUUUAUAGUUGAGUCCUCUUGGUCUAGCCUGGCCCAGAGAGCCAGAUAGCAUGGUCACCCUGCUCAUGGUUUUUUUCAGCUCAUGAGCCUUUAGAAACACUGGCUCUGUGUGUCUGCUCAAGUACUUCCAGACCCCUGGCACAUUUUAAACAUCCAAAUUGUUUAGUGGAACAGACAUGGGUGUAAUCAUUGUUAAUCUACAGGAAAAGCCUUUGUGAUGGAGGUUUAUAGAGGACUGUUCAGACAAAAGGAAAGCAAUACUUUUCAGGACUUCUGAUCUGCCGGGCCAUAUGACAAAUGUGAUGUGUUCUGUAUAUUUCAUUUGUUACCUGUGUUGAGAGGGCGACAUGAAAUGCUGUAGGACACAUUAAUGGCACCUACUGGUGGAAAUAAGUAGCCGCUCUUCUAAAGGGCCAAAACCCAAGCUUUUACUUAGCAAUCCCUUGUAGAGAGGUUGUUUAAAUAUGAGAAAAGGCAAUAUCUGUUUUUUUAGUCUGUUGACCUCUUUAAUAUGAAAUAAAUAUUAUGAAAAAUC